UGCAGGGCACAUGUGCCCCCCUGGCUGUCAUCUGCGCGCUGACGGGAGCAUGAUCUAUGCCCGGGCCGGGGCUGCCAAGGAUUUGAGUGCGAUGUAGGAGGGCAGAUGCCCUGGGAAAAGGCCAGCCUUUAAAGACCCAAGAAGUGUCAUUGUCCAAGACCUCACAAAGCAGGAAUUGAUGCGCAUACACGUGGUGGGUCAUUAUGCUGCUGCACCUGUGUAGUGUGAAGAAUCUGUACCAGAACAGGUUUUUAGGCCUGGCCGCCAUGGCAUCUCCAUCUAGAAACAACCAGAACAGGCGCCGCUGCAAGGAGCCACUUCGCCACAGCUACAACCCCAGCCAGUUCCACAGCAUGGCCAUCAGGACCGGCCCCCAUGGCACCGUCACCAUCCCCCGCUCCACCAGCGACACUGACCUGGUUACCUCUGACAGCCGCUCCACGCUCAUGGUCAGCAGCUCCUACUACUCCAUAGGGCACUCCCAGGACCUAGUGAUCCACUGGGACAUAAAGGAGGAAGUGGACGCUGGAGACUGGAUAGGCAUGUAUCUCAUCGAUGAGGUAUUGUCGGAAAACUUUCUGGACUAUAAGAACCGUGGAGUCAAUGGUUCUCAUCGGGGCCAGAUCAUCUGGAAGAUUGAUGCCAGCUCUUACUUUGUGGAACGUGAAACUAAGAUUUGCUUCAAAUACUACCAUGGAGUGAGUGGAGCCCUGAGAGCUACGACCCCAAGUGUCACGGUCAAAAAUUCAGCAGCUCCUAUUUUUAAAAGCGUUGGCUCUUAUGAAACUGUCCAGGAGCAGGGAAGUCGGAGGCUGAUCAGCUUUUCUCUCUCAGAUUUCCAGGCCAUGGGGUUGAAGAAAGGGAUGUUUUUCAACCCAGAUCCUUACUUGAAGAUUUCCAUCCAGCCUGGGAAGCACAGCAUCUUCCCUGCCCUCCCUCACCAUGGGCAGGAGAGGAGAUCUAAAAUCAUAGGCAACACUGUGAACCCCAUCUGGCAGACUGAGCAAUUCAGCUUUGUGUCAUUGCCCACUGACGUGCUGGAAAUUGAGGUGAAGGACAAGUUUGCCAAGAGCCGGCCCAUCAUCAAGCGCUUCUUGGGAAAGCUUUCAAUGCCGGUUCAGAGGCUCCUGGAAAGACACGCCAUAGGGGAUAGGGUGGUCAGCUACACACUCGGCCGCAGGCUCCCAACAGAUCAUGUGAGUGGACAGCUGCAAUUCCGAUUUGAGAUCACUUCCUCCAUCCACCCAGAUGAUGAAGAGAUGUCCCUGAGUACGGAAGCUGAGCCAGCGGGCAUGCCGGGCAGCCCUAUGAACAGCCUGGUGGCGAGCAACCCUGGGGACCCUCCGCAGGAGGCACCAGAGCCCUCGGGAAGCUCCGAGUCAGAGAAGCCGAGGGAGGGCAGCGCCCUGGUCGCCGAAGGGAGCGCGAGCCUGGGGCUUGCCAAGCCCGUGGAGGAAGCGGCAGGUACCACUGAGGCAGGAGACGACCUCGACACAGUCUCUGUGGGACCUGAUGGGGCUGGGGAGCUUCUGGGCCUGGGGCGAGAGGACACGGAGCCCACCCUGAGUGCAGAAGAGGUGGCCGAGGGGCUGGCCCUGGGAGGGGAGGCACCCCCACCGGAGCUGCUGGAGGACAGUGAAGCCCAAGACCGCCCUGGGGAUCCUGUGGCAGAGGAAGCGGCCCAAGAGAGCAGGGCUGGGGGGCAGGAGGAAAAGGGACAGGCGGCGGAGGAGGCGGAAGAGGGCGAUGGGCACGUGCCUGCCCUGGGAGCCCCGGAGGACAGGCUGCAGCUGCGCGCCUCGGUGAAGAGGAAGAACAGGCCCUGCUCCCUGCCUGUGUCCGAGCUGGAGACCGUGAUCGCGUCGGCCUGCAGCGACCCAGAGACGCCGCGCACUCACUACAUCCGCAUCCACACGCUGCUGCACAGCCUGCCCCUGGCCCAGGCCGGCAGCCCCGGGGAGGACGACGGCGCGGAGGAAGAGCCCACGCUCAAGGACACGGUGGAGAAGGACGGGCUCAGCGACGGGGACACGGUAGCUGCUGAGCCGCCUGCCCUGGAGGAGGGCUUGGAGGAUCCUGAGGGGGCUACUCUCGGCACGAUGGCCCCCGGCCUCUCCGGCGUGGCCAACAGCUCGGCCCCGGAUGGCGACACGCACCCCAGCACGGGCAGUGAGAGCGACUACAGCCCCAGGCAAGGCGGGGACCACAGCUUCGAGGGCUGCGACGCGUCCUGUUGCAGCCCCUCCUGCUACAGCUCCUCCUGCUACAGCACGUCCUGCUACAGCAGCUCCUGCUACAGCAGCUCCUGCUACAACGGCAACAGGUUCACCAGCCACACCCGCUUCUCCUCCAUGGACAGCGCCAAGAUCUCCGAGAGCACCGUCUUCUCCUCGCAAGAGGAGGAGGAGGAGGAGAACAGCGCCUUCGAGUCGGUGCCGGACUCGGUGCAGAGCCCAGAGCUGGACCUGGAGUCUGUGAACGCGGCCGGGCCGUGGCACGACCAGCCAGCCGCCCCCACCGGGAGCAUGAACGAGAGUGUGGCAAGAACCGCGGAUGGUGUGGAAUCCCCCAUGGCGGGGCCAAGCAAUCGGAGAGAAGGUGAAUGUCCUAUACUCCAUAAUUCCCAGCCAGUAAACCAGCUUCCUUCCUUGAGGCCUGAACAUCAUCACUACCCAACAAUCGAUGAGCCUCUUCCACCAAGUAAGCUUUAGUUUCUAAACUCUAUGUCUUAACUCUUCCUACCAAAUCUAAACAGGUCAGUA